UCCACCCAGGAGCUAUCUGCACAGGCACAACCUGGAGAAGACCCAGUCGCGUCUAAGAAAAAGAACUGUCACUUGAUUAACCACUCUAAGGGGGACUAGUUGGCACAGAACUUGGUGGAACAGGAUGCCGUACGUUCUCAUCAGUACUCAGAUUCGACUGGAGACCGGUCCAACCAUGGUUGGAGAUGAGUACUCAGAUCCAGCAAUAAUGACUUACCUCGGGGCCAGGAAAACAACAAUACUGGGAAACAAUUUCUCAGAGUAUCAUGUGGAUGACCCUCCUAGGGUGGUUUUAGACAAGCUGGAGAAGCUGGGCUACCGUGUUGUGUCCAUGACAGGCGUGGGCCAAACCCUGGUGUGGUGUUUACAUAAGGAGACCAUGUGACAACACACACACAAACACACACACCAAAUGGUCUCUGACCUUACCAUUUUAGGUGGUACAUGUCCUCAUAAUCGAUCAAGUGACUGCAAAGUCCUGUGCCCUGUGCUGCACUUUACCUGAUCCUAUGGUGCCAGGCCCUUGCCAUCUUUUUUUGUUUCUUUUUUUCUGAAUUAUGUCAGAAAUAUUUCACUUGUAAAAGUUACUCAAGACAGUGGGGUGUAACUAAAAAAUAUAUAUCUCAAGUUAUGAUUAGCUAGGAUUACUUAUGUGAAUGCAUAUUGAAAUAUAAACACCUGGAUAUCAAACUAAGACAAAAGCACUCAUUCCAGCGAAGUACGGGUAAUGCCAUUUUGUUAUAGCUAAGAAAUGAAAGUCAUUCCUAGAACAUUCUCAAACAUUCCUGAACAUCCAUAUCUUUACGAUGUAAACUGACUGUACAAAUGGUCAACAAGAUCAGUGUCUCUUGUUAGUAAUGAUUACAGAAUCAUUCUUUCCGUUUCAUCUUUGAAUGUAUGUGCAAAGCUGAGCAGGGAGGAUCUGUUACAACAACAAAAUUGUACUUGUUGACUUAAAUCAUUCCUUGUACUACACUACUACUUGGAAUCAAGAAAUGUGGUUCAUAUAUGCGAUAUCCUAACAUCUUUCUUUAAGUCUGUAUGUAACCUGUGCUUAAAACAUCCAGUCAUUCACUACACAGUUGUGCACUAUAUUAUCAGUGACUAUAUUGUGUUUAUUCACUGUGUAGUACACUAUGUAGCCUAGGGAAUGACAGUAUGUUACGAAUGCAGACUUAGAUUUCCUCUUGAAGCAUAUUUUACUGUAGGGAGUAGAUUUGUACAAUGUGUAUCCUAUUGUACUGGUACUGCCGCAUGGAUUCCGAAAUAAAAUAACUAUUGUCAUAA